UAAUUAAUAUGUUUGAUGCACGGUACUAUAGAAAAUUUACCUUAAAAACAUUGUCAUUGAUGUACAGUAUUUACUUUACCUACCGGUACUUCAAAACCGCGAGGACACACCGAUCUCAGCCCCACCAUGGUUAGGACUGAGGUGGUAAAAUUUAGGGAAAUAGUACCUCUAGAUUACCGGAUAUGAUACUCUUAUAUAGUAAAAUUCAUCAUCAUCCAUCUAAUUAAUCGCUGUGAUGCACCAUAAAAAAUAAAAUUUAAUUGUUUUUAUGAUGUAUUUACUUUACUUUACCUAUUUCAUAUUGCGAAAACCAAUCUUGCCUUUGCACGCUUUUUUUCAUACUUCUCAAAUUAUAAUAAAGGCACACGCACUCGAGUCGUGUAUUAUAGGUAAUUCAGAUGCUUGUGGGUAGAGAUACCGGUAUGUUGCUAUAAAAUAAGAUACUCUGGGUGUUAAAACUUGGGUCAUUUAUGCAGUUUAUUUCAACAAUUUUCAGGCAUCGUAUGUGUGCGUAUCAAUAUUAGUAAUUAACAAUCACAAUAACGUUAUUGUUAUAGGCAAACUAAUAUUUUUCUUAUUUUUGAUCAGACGACAUAGUUGUGGCGUCGGACGACAGGGUCCGUACGGUAGGGGAAUCACCCAGCGAAUACAUAAAUGAGUUUCACUUAUUUUAAUACAUACAUUUUUGGUACAUGGAAAUUUUAAAAAUUAGUACCAAAACGGUGGAGGGGAAUGUGCCUCCGCCUCGUACCCCUUACUGGAUCCGCUCCUGAAAAGUUAUCCUAAAGUCGUAGGCUUACAAUUAAAAAAUGUGCAUUGUGUCCGUUUUGAAUUAUAUAGUGUAUUUUUAAAUGUUGGAAUGGUACUCAUAACAUAUAACGACGAUUGAUUGAUUGGUUAAUAAUGCCAUGAUUAAGCGUGUUACCAAUGCACGCACGUGCGCAAAAUGACAAUUUAUGCGUAGUACAUUGCAACCAAAUAUUGUAUUAAAUAUGUGUGUUGCAAUAUAAAAGUUGAUUAUAUUGUUGAAUAGUCACACAAUAUUUUUGACGUUGUCUAAUAUAAUUAAUUCGGUCUUUUCAGCUUUAACAAUUAUCUCUAGGGAGAUUACUCCACCACCGGGUACUUCGUGGGCGAAAAUGCUUUGAUAAUAUGCAAGAGGCCCCAACAUGGAUUAUGGGCCGUAAUUGUAUAAAUUACCAUUAUAAUAUAUACAGAUUGCUUCGUCAGCAAAUUAUUGACUUCAGCAGCUGUGUAGUUCUUUCUGGAAAUUCAGCUUUUCGUUAUCGCAUUGUUAGCUAAGUAUUUUUGAAAUAAAACAUGUGUUUGUGUGUAAAAUGGACGGUGUUCCGGAAUAAUAUUUAUGUAUUUUAGUUGGUUCACACAAAUAAUUCCGCAUAUGUAUCCCUAUAAAGUGGUAGCUAUGUGACACGGGUACCAAUAGCAAGUGCAGCCUCUAAUGCACAUGCGCAGUAUUUGGUUUUUCACAAUUUUUAACACAACAUGUGGUUUUAUGGUUUUAAGUUUCAACCAAUCACAAAUCAAAUACUUUUAACAUGUGCUAUAUUGGAACGAAUUGAUUCAGGUUUUCGGCAAUUAAUAUUUCUGUGUCUCUGAAAAUUUUCUAUAAAAUGCAAGUGCAUGCGAAAUUGACUAAAGCUACGAUUUGAAAACAGACAACAUGAAGGUUGUUCUGCUGUCAUCGCUAGUAGUUUUACUAUGGUUGCCCUGCAAUGGCAUUCGAUUGCAACGCGACCAGAUCAAGAAAACUAUGUACUCUGACGAAAUCAAUAAAAUGAUUCUUGAUUAUUUGAAAAAGAUGGAAGAUGACAACAAUUUUUUUGAAAGAGACGUGCAUGUUAAAAGAAACGCGUCUGUUGAAGGAAAUGUGACUGCUUGUGAUGGUGAUCCAUGCCAGCAUAAUGGCGUUUGUAACUUGGAUGAGUCGUCCAGUGGGUAUACCUGCGACUGCAAAGGCACGGGCUAUAUCGGUAACACCUGCGAAAGCGUGGACACAUGUGCAAACAAAAAACCAUGUCAAAACGGAGGAGUUUGUUACAAUAAUGAUUCAGAAUUAGGAUUCUACUGUAACUGUUCUACUGGGGCCGAAGUGGCGUAUGGUGGAACUGUCUGUGAUAUACUUCUUCGUUCAUGCUCAGUAAACCCGUGUUUAAAUGGUGGAACGUGCACAGACGGUCUAUGCCACUGUCCAGUAGGAUUACAUGGAACAUUGUGUGAAAAAAGUAACAAUGGAUACACACCCGAAAGCAGCCUUCCACCAGCUGGCCAAACCUGCUCUGUGUGGGACAGAAAGAAUUUUCGUACAUUUGAUGGCAUGGUUUAUUCUGUGAACAGUGAAUGCAGUCAUACUUUAAUGAUGGAAGGCACAGGAACUAUUUUUAAAGUCUCUGUGGAUUUUAGGAAUAAUUCGAUGGCAGUUGGUGUUGUUUACAACAAUGGUAAAAAACAUAUAUCACUGACGUUAACAUCCAACGGCGUAGUCUACAAUUCUCAACUUAUUACCGCCAACGAGAACCUUGAUGCAGUUUAUAUAUCGUUCGUUUCUCAUUAUAUCAUACUACAAACCGAUUUAGACUUUUUCCAAAUUAUAUGGAACCGCGAUAAUUUGGUUGAAAUCAAAAUGCUUGAUGAUAAUCUAGCUGGUAAAUUAAGCGGCAUGUGCGGAAAUUAUGAUGGCCUUCCAUCUAACGAUGCCGAAUUCAACAGUGUUGUACCAGCUAUUUUUAACCCUGUUACAAUGGCAGAAAACUGGAAAGAAUACACUGGAGAAUGCGAGAUAACGGACACUUGCGUUGAUUAUAAUCAGAUUUCUCAAGGUGAUUUGUACACAUGUCUAAACAUGAAUGCUUUAUUUACUGAUUGCGUAAAUAUUGUGCCAAUUGACUCAUAUAUGAAAGCUUGUUACGAGAGUGCCUGCAGUUGCCAGAAUGUGAAUGCAGUGUCAUGCGUCUGCCCAGACUAUGCAGCUUAUGCAUCUGAAUGUAGUAAAAACGGCGUGAAUGUAAACUGGAGAUCAGAAUCGUUUUGUCCCUUCGAAUGUCCUGUUGCUGGUGAAAUAUAUAAUGAAUGUGGCUCUACUUGUGUAGCAACUUGCGAAUACCAGGAUCCUGAUUGUACAGAGGAAACACUUUGCCUAGAAGGUUGUCACUGUUCAAGUGAGCACGUGCUGCUUAAUGGCAAUUGUGUUAAGCCAGUAGAGUGUCCAUGCUUCUAUGGAAAUGAUAACUACACACAUUCACAACAAGUUCAAACUGAGUGUGAUCUUUGUACCUGUUUAGAAGGGGAGUUUUCGUGUGAAGCACAGCCAUGUGGAGCAACCUGUUGGGCUGCGGGUAUUUCAUCGUACAAGACUUUCGACAACAAGUAUUACGAAUUCAUGGGCGACUGUGAAUACUACCUUCUUAAAGACUGUAACGUCAAUCCAGGAGAUUUUGAGAUACUUUUACAAAACCAGCAUUGUCACCCUCAGAUAAAUGGUUUUGUGAGUGACUGUAAAAAAACUGUUACGAUACAGAAAGGUGGAAACCAAGUCAUGUUAUCUCCAGGGCCAAUAGUCUAUGUCAACAACUUCAAUGUAUUGUACUACCCGCAUGAAUUGCCCGGAAUAUUUAUUGAAAACCUUGCUGAUACAUUAAUUAAGGUGACUUUGAGUGACGGCAUAGCGUUGUUAUAUGAUGGGUAUACCAGAAUCGAAGUUCAUGUUGAACCGGCUUUAAAGGGAAAAACGUGUGGCUUAUGCGGAACCUUUACAAAUACGGCCCUAGACGAUUUCUUAACUCCUUCAGGAAAUGUAGAAAACGACGUAUAUAUUUUUGUUGACAAGACUAAAGUUAUCGCAGGAUGCUCAGAUAAUCAUGAAAUACAUCUGGACCCGUGUAAUUAUCAAGAGACUUACAAGCCAACAGCAGAGGCACAGUGUAGUGAAUUGCAGAAUGCCGAUGGUGUCUUGGGCGAGUGUUUUAAAUACCUGGACCAGAAGCCAUACUACUACUCUUGCAUGCAGGAUAUAUGCACCGAUCCAUCUCAGUCAGACGGGCAUUGCAACAUGAUAACUCAGUAUGUUUCCGAUUGUGCCAAGAAAGGAAUUUAUCUUGACGACUGGCAUAAUUCUGUGUCUGGAUGUAACAACACAUGUCCAAAUGGUCUCGUUUACAAAGUUUGUGCCAAUUCGUGCGACCUGUUCUGUUAUCCACAACCUUAUAACAACAGUUGUAAUGACAUCUGCACUGCCGGUUGUUUCUGUCCAAAUGGCAAGGUUUUUGAUCACAACGGUAAUUGCGUGAAUAAGCAGAACUGCCACUGUCUGGCAAAUGGUCGGUACUACCCUGCUGGUUAUAUAUUGGACUCGGGAUGUAGUAAAUGUUUGUGUUCAGAGGGUGACUUUAUAUGUGGAGAACAGACCUGCUCGUGUGGUGAAAAUGCGGUUUACACCACCUGUUAUGGAGGAGAUACCUGUCGGAAGACAUGCUCAAACCAGUACUUUGUAGAAAUUUGCUCAGAAAAGAACUGUCUUCCAGGGUGUGAAUGCAAAGACGGAUACGUUUUCGACGAGAAUCAUUCCAAGUGUGUGCUACCGACUGACUGCCCGUGCAUGAAUGCUGGAAUAGCAUACGAUAAUGGAGAAGGAACCCAAAUUGGAUGCAGAUUAUGGUAG